UAUAAGAAGAAGAAAGUAGUUCCGGUAGAAAAAAUGAAAAUCAAUAUCGCCAAAAAACCUUCAAUUUGCCUAAAGAAAUUGAAGGCAAUGGAUAACUGGUUGAGCUUAGGGAAGCUGUUAAUUAUGGUGCUGGUGUUACUGUCCUACCACUAUGCACAUCGCAAUUCCGGUCUUGUUUUUGAUGUCCUCAUCUUCCUCCUCUGCUCCCUCGGCCUCGUCUUUCGCCAAAUGAAUAUCUCCGUCCCCGAUAAAACCUCGUCCUCGCCCUCAUCCUUAUCGUCCUCCUCCACCUCCUCACCCUCAAUCUCAUCCUCAUCGUCCUCCUCCGCCUCCCCGUCCUUGUCCUCCUUCUCAAAAGGUUCGCUCUACGAAGUGUUCAUAAGCUUCAGAGGUGAAGACACACGUAAAAACUUCACGGGCCACCUCCACGAAGCAUUGACAAAGGCCGGAAUCAACGCCUUUAUUGACGACGAACUAAGAAGAGGAGAAGAUAUAACUACCGAACUUGUGCAGGCAAUCCAGGGUUCUAGGAUCUCUAUCAUCGUCUUCUCAAGACGGUACUCGGACUCCAGCUGGUGUCUCGAGGAGCUGGUAAAGAUCAUGGAGUGUAGAAGAAUGCUAGGGCAAUUAGUUUUGCCGAUAUUCUAUGACGUUGAUCCUUCGCAUGUCAGGAAACAGACUAGUAGUUUUGCACAAUCGUUUCUGAAACAUACAGAUGAAAAAAGGUAGAGAGGUGGAGAGCUGCUCUUACUGAAGCUUCGAAUUUGCCUGGCUGGGAUCUCAGAAACACUUUCGACGGGUACUUACUAAUUUAUUUUCUUAUGAAUUAAGGCUUUAAUGUACCUUUGCUUAUUAAUUUGGAAUCAUGCGAUUUCUUAGACCUCUGUAAUAAAAUCAUACAAUAAAGCUUAAACUGUUAAGGCUACACUAA